UUCGGCGAGGUUUAGCAGACGCGUUUUCAAUUUCAGAAAGGAAACAUUAACUUUUUAAAUUCCAAAAUCGUCAUGUUGCGAUUAAUAUCUUUCAUUUUCGUUUGUGCGUUGUUUAAUUGCGGUUUUUCUAAGGAAGAAUCGUGUUCAAGAUUUGAAUUUUUGGAAAGGUUACUUGAAAAGAUGGCUAAAAUGGAAUUAAAUUUUGAUCAGUUGCAAAAGAAUGUUAACACCGCUCAAAAUGCCAUGGAUACUGCAUUAAAAUCGGCUGAAACUAAAUUGGAAACACUGGAAAUCAAGUCGGAAGCAUUUGCUGAAGGUCUUGCGGCUCAAAUUGAAAAGUUGGAUGAGCAGGUCACUGCAAAUUUCACAUGUGCUUUGACCAAGAAGUUAUCAGAAAUGGGGAUUUUGUCAACUCCGACGGCUUGUCCAGACGGAUGGAUCCCGUUCCAAAACUCUUGUUACCUGUUCGGAGACGAUGACGUCAUGUUUAACGAUGCUCAAAAGUUCUGCCAGACAUUUGAUGCCAACCUGGUGAACAUUGAAAGUCCAAAAGAAAACAGUUUUCUUAGGAGUCAGUUGAAGAAAAGGAAAGCACCACGCCACUGGAUUGGGAUGACAGAUAUGGAAAGAGAGGGGGAAUGGAAACACUAUCCUUCACACAGUGACGUUACAUUUUUUGAUUGGGGAAAGCACCAGCCCAAUAACGGAAGAGUGUCAAACUGCGGUGCAUUCUGGGAGAGCUUUCAGUAUCUCUGGGUGGAUGAACCAUGCACGAACAAAUUUAAACCAUUGUGCGAAAAGAAAUCAGAUCCUGGUGUUAGCAUACAAUAGUUGCUGCAUUUACCGAAGCGUACAGGAAUGAACGGACCUGUCACUAACGUUGGAGUUAGACAUAUAUAUAUAUAUAUUGUACCGGUACCAGCAUCAUAGUCCAUCUUCUUAUGAUUGACCACUUAUGAAUAACUAUACAGCUGAACCCGUCGCGGCGACCAGCUAUAUUAAGCAAACACUUUACUUAAGCAGCGAGUCAGUUAAAUUUCUACAUUGAGUAUUAUAAAAAAAAUCACCUUUUCUUAUGCAGGGACCUGAUUUAAGUAGUCAGAUUGUGUCGCUGUCCUGGCGUACUGCAGAAUACUGGUUGACCGUAAAUAGUUUGUUCUUUUUGAAAUAGCAUCAAAAAUGGACAUACAUGUACCUAUAUAAGUUACAGUAAAAUUGGCAUAUAACUUUGACAAGGAAAGUUAAAGUAGUAACAUUUGUCUUCUAUACUGGUGUCAAACCAAGUACAUGUACAUGUAUUGUAAUAAACUUAAUUUCCUGGUAUAUCACAGGCGCAUGUUCUUAUCAAAUUAGUUUCAAAGCUGCAGUUAUUUGUACAUUUGUAUAUUCUGUAGAUGAGGGAAUUACACCAAUGCACGAAUAAAUACAUUUAUCCAAA